GGUAUAAAGUAUCAGGAAAAGAUAGAGACGAUGAUGAUAGGUACAAAGUCAAAUCUAAAGAAACUCUUAGGAGUAAAGAUAGACUUAGUGUAUCCAAUCGUGAACAUGGCAGAAGCAAAGAUCGGCAUCAGGUAAUAAGUGCCAUGAGGGCCACGAGUAGAGGAAGAAAAUUAUCAGAGUCUGAAGAAGAGAGAGAAAAAAGUGAGAAUAGUGAUUCAAGUACUGAUAAAAGCAGUGAAAGUAGUAGUAGUAGCAGUAGCAGUAGCAGUAGCAGUAGCACAAGCACAAGUAGCGACGAUAGUACUGAAGAUAGCGAAGAUUCGGAUACAUCUACGGAAGAAACAGAUGGAAGUAACAAAGAAAAAUUGCAGAAUAAAAAGGGGUACAAAAAUAAGAAUCAAGAGACUUCUUCAGAAGACGAAGAAACAAGUAAUAACAGUAGUAGUUCAAGCGACGAGGAAAUUAUAAAAAAGAGUAUUGAGUAUAGGGAAAAUUUAUACAAAAGUGAAAGCAGAUCUAGGGAAGAAAGAAAUAAAAAUAGAGAAUCUGAGAGAUUUUGUGAGAAAAAAAGUAAAAAUAUAACCAAAUCUAGUGAGCAGCAUGAAAUAAAUAGAUACAGCGAGUUUCUUGAAGAGAAAGAUAAAGGUAAAGAUAGAAAAAAAGAGCAAGAGAAACUUCGAGAAAGAAGAGACAAAAGUCAAGAUAGAAUAAGAUCUAGAGAAGAACGAUAUAAAACUCAAGAUCGUAAUAAAAGAUCUGAACUAAGAGAUAGAAGUCGAGAUCGAAGUAGACACAGAGAUGGAGAUAGAAAUCGAGAUCGUGAUAGAUAUAGGGAUUAUAGAGAGAGAAGUCAAGAUUAUGCUCGAUCUAAAGAAGAAAGGCAUAGAAGUCGUGAACCAGAUAAGUCUCGAAAAGAUAGGAAUAGAAGCAGAGAUCGUAAUAAGUUUUCGGAUAGAGAAAAAAGUCGAGACCGUAACAAAGCUCAAGUAGAUCGAGUUAGAAGCCGAGAUCAUAAUAAAAUUCAAGAAGAUAGAGGUAGAAGUAGAGAUCGCAAUAAAAUUCAAGAAGAUAGAGGUAGAAGUCGAGAUCGUAAUAAAAUUCAAGAAGAUAGAGGUAGAAGUAAAGAUCGUAAUAAAGUUCAAAAAGAUAGAGAUAGAAGUCGAGAUCGUGUUAAAUGUAAGCAGGAAAGAGAUAAAAGUGGAGAUAGUACCAGACCUCGAGAAGAUAAAGAUAGAAACCAAGGUUGUAUCAAAACUAAGGAAGAGAAAGAUGAGAGAUCUUUGGAAGAUACAGAUGGAAGUAACAAUUGUACUAUAUCUAAAGAAGAUUCAGAAAAAACCGAAGAUCCUAGCAAUCUUCAUGAAGAUAUAGAAAGCAAUCAAAAUUGUACAAAAUUGAAGCAUAAUAAUACAUCUCAAGAAGAUCGAUAUAAAAGUCAGGAGCUUGUUGGAUCUACAAAAGCAAAAGAAAGAUGUCUAGAUUACAAAGAGUCUUCAGAAGAUGAUAUUGUAUCUACAAAAAGAACUGAUGCAAGUGAAAUUCAUGAGACAAUACAUGAAGAUGGAGAUAAAGGUCAAGAUAGUUUUAAAUCUAAAAAAGAAUUAGACGUAAGCCAAAAUUUACAGAAAGCUGUAGAUGAUAAAAAUAGAAGUGAAAUCAGAAUCGAAUCUAAAGAAGAAAAAAACGUAAGUCAAGAUUAUGAUAAAAUUCAAGAAGAGGGAGAAAAAGAUAGAGGUCAAGAUCUUAUUAGGCUUGAAGAACAAAAGGAUAUAAUUGAAGAAUAUGACAGCAGUCAAGAGGAUACAGACAGUAGCCAUGAUAGCAUUAUAAUAAAAGAAGAAAAAGAUAAAAACCAAGAUUGUGAUAAACGUCAAGGAAAGCAAAACAAAAAUAGAGAUCAGGAAAAUGGAGUUAAAAGUCAAGAGUAUGAUAAAUCACGAGAGGAAAGAGAUGUGUAUAGAGAAAGGGAUAGAAAUAAAAAUAUAGAUAGAAGUCGGGAAAGGAACAGAAACAAAGAUAAACAUAAAGAAGGUGAUAGUAGAGAAAUAAGCAGAGAAAGGGAGAGAAGUAGUGAAAGGGAAAAAAGCAACGAAAGAGGAAGAAGCAGAGACAGGGAAAGAAGUAGAGAAAGAGAAAAUAGAGAAAAGGAAAAGAAUAGAGAGAGAGAAAAUAGAGAAAUGGAAAGAAGUAAAGAAAGAGGAAGAAGCAGAGAAAGGGAAAAAAGCAGAGAAAGAGAUAGAAGCAGAGAAAGGGAAGAAAGUAGAGAUAGAGAAAGAAGCAGAGAAAGGGAAAGAAGCAGAGAUAGAGAAAGAAGCAGAGAAAGGGAGAAAAGCAGAGAAAGAGAAAGAAGCAGAGAUAGACAUAGACGUAAGGAAAAUGAAGAUAAGGAAAGAGACAGGAGCAGAGAUAAGUGUAAGGAAAAUGAGAAUAGAGAAAGAGAGAGAAGCAGAGAUAGACGCAAGGAAAAUGAUGAUAGAGAAAGAGACAGAAGCAGAGAUAGAAAGAAGGAAGAUGAGAAUAGAGAAAGAGGCAGAAGUAAAGAUAGAAAUAAGGAUGACGGGGAUAGAGAAAGGCACAGAAGCAGAGAUAGAAGGAAGGAAGAUGAGAAUAGAGAAAGAGGCAGAAGUAAAGAUAGAAAUAAGGAUGACGGGGAUAGAGAAAGGCACAGAAGCAGAGAUAGAAGGAAGGAAGAUGAGAAUAGAGAAAGAGGCAGAAGUAAAGAUAGAAAUAAGGAUGACGGGGAUAGAGAAAGGCACAGAAGCAGAGAUAGAAGGAAGGAAGAUGAGAAUAGAGAAAGAGGCAGAAGUAAAGAUAGAAAUAAGGAUGACGGGGAUAGAGAAAGGCACAGAAGCAGAGAUAGAAGGAAGGAAGAUGAGAAUAGAGAAAGAGGCAGAAGUAAAGAUAGAAAUAAGGAUGACGGGGAUAGAGAAAGGCACAGAAGCAGAGAUAGAAGGAAGGAAGAUGAGAAUAGAGAAAGAGGCAGAAGUAAAGAUAGAAAUAAGGAUGACGGGGAUAGAGAAAGGCACAGAAGCAGAGAUAGAAGGAAGGAAGAUGAGAAUAGAGAAAGAGGCAGAAGUAAAGAUAGAAAUAAGGAUGACGGGGAUAGAGAAAGGCACAGAAGCAGAGAUAGAAGGAAGGAAGAUGAGAAUAGAGAAAGAGGCAGAAGUAAAGAUAGAAAUAAGGAUGACGGGGAUAGAGAAAGGCACAGAAGCAGAGAUAGACAUAAGGAGGAUGAAGAUAGAGAGAGGGACAGAAGCAGAGAUAGAAUCAAGGAAGAUGGGAACAGAGAAAGAGGCAGAAGUAGAGAUAGAAAUAAGGAUGAUGAGGAUAGAGAUAGAAGAAGAGAUAGAAGCAGAGAUUGUAUUAGAGGUACAAAUAGAGAAAAAUAUAGAAACAAAGAUAGAAACAGAGAUAGAGAAAAUGGGGACAGAUAUAGAGAUAGAGAUAACGGUGAUAGAUAUAGAGACAGGGAAAACGAAGAUAGAUAUAACGAGAGAGACAAUGGAGAUAGAUACAGAGAUAGGGAAAAUGGAGGUAGAUAUAGAGGUAAGGACAAUGGAAUUAGAUACAAAGAUAGAGAAGACGAGGAUAGAUACAGAGAAAGGGAACGAAGCGAAGAAAGAUAUGGAGAAAUUAGUCAAAAUUCCUACUACGGCACGGAGUUGAAAAUUAAUCAUUACGGUUCUGAAAGAUAUGAUCAUCCAAAUUUUAGGAGGGAGCAAGGAAAAAAUGUUGAAAGAAGAAAUGGAGAAGAAAAUGACUCUAGUGACGUUAUUACUCCAAAACAAAAGAAAACAGUAGAUUUACUUACUUCAAAGACCGGAGGAGCAUAUAUUCCACCUGCUAAGCUACGUAUGAUGCAAGGAGAAAUAACUGAUAAAAGCGGAGCUGCAUAUCAACGUAUUGCUUGGGAAGCUUUAAAAAAAUCUAUUCAUGGUUAUAUUAAUAAAGUGAAUACAAGUAAUAUUGCUCUAAUUACAAGAGAUUUAUUAAAGGAAAAUAUUGUCAGAGGUAGAGGACUUUUAGUGCGUUCAAUAAUUCAAGCACAGUCCGCAUCUUUAACAUUCACAUCAGUCUAUGCAGCAUUAGUAUCCGUGAUUAAUUCUAAAUUUCCAAAUAUUGGCGAGUUAUUAUUAAAACGUUUAGCAAUACAAUUUAAGCGUGGCUUUCGUAGAAAUGACAAGAUACUUUGUAUAUCAUCUACAACAUUCAUAGCCCAUUUGGUUAAUCAAGGGAUCGCACAUGAAAUUUUAAUGUUAGAAAUAUUGACAUUAUUAGUGCAGACACCAACCGAUGAUUCCAUCGAAGUAGCCAUAGCAAUUUUGAAAGAAUGCGGCAUGAAACUAACUCAAGUAUCUCGCAAAGGUAUCGAAGCGAUCUUUGAAAUGUUGAGAAACAUUCUUCACGAAGGACAAUUAGAUAAAAGGGUUCAAUAUAUGAUUGAAGUUAUGUUUCAAAUUCGUAAAGAUGGCUUUAAAGAUUAUGAAUCCGUUACUAAAGAACUCGAUCUUGUAGAAGAAGAAGAUCAAUUAACACAUUUGGUUACACUAGAUGAAGCAACCGAUGGACAAGAUAUACUCAAUGUGUACAAGUUCGACGCAGAAUACAUUGUUAAUGAAGAUAAAUAUAAAGAAUUAAGUAAAGAGAUACUUAAUACAGACGACAGUGAUUCAGAUAACGAAGUGGAUAGUGCAGAUGAAGAUAAAGAUGAAGAUUCUGAUGAAAAUAGUGAUUCUGAAGAAGUAAAAGAUGGCGGACUCAUAGUAGAUAAUACGGAAACAAAUUUGACGGCUCUUAGGAGGACAAUUUAUUUGACAAUACAUUCUUCGCUUGAUUUCGAGGAAUGCGCUCAUAAACUUAUGAAAAUGCAGCUAAAGCCUGGUCAGGAAAUCGAAUUGUGUCAUAUGUUUUUGGAUUGUUGCGCAGAAAUGAGAACGUAUGAAAAAUUUUUUGGAUUAUUAGCAGGGCGAUUUUGCGCAAUUAAUAAAACAUUUGUAGAACCAUUCGAACAAAUUUUUAAAGACUCUUAUGAUACAAUUCAUCGACUUGACACAAAUAGAUUGCGUAAUGUUAGUAAAUUUUUUGCUCAUCUUUUAAUGACGGAUUCAAUUUCUUGGGUUGUAUUAUCAAAUAUCAAAUUGAACGAAGAGGAUACAACUAGCUCUAGCAGAGUGUUUAUUAAAAUACUUUUUCAAGAAUUGUCAGAGUAUAUGGGAUUACCAAAGUUGAACGAAAAGCUGAAAGACGAAGAGUUGCAGGAAGCAUUUGCAGGAUUAUUCCCAAAAGAUGACCCAAAAAAUACGCGAUUUGCUAUAAACUUUUUCACAUCAAUAGGUCUCGGAGGUCUCACUGAUGAUUUACGAGAACACCUGAAGUCUCGACCAAAAGCUGUAGCAGAGUCUGCAGUUGAAGUAAAACCAGAGGAAUCUUCCAGUUCGGAAAGUUCUUCGAGCAGUUCCAGUUCAACGUCAUCAUCGACAUCAUCAUCAUCUUCAUCGUCGACAUCAUCCGAUUCGGAUUCUUCAGAGAAUGUUAAGAAGAGAAAAAAGAAAGUCAAAGAAUGUAAGAAGAAAAAGAUUGUUAAACAUCGCGAAGAUAAGGAAAAUAUAAAUAAAAAAGAUAAAAAUAAGAAGCCAUUGACAGUUAAAAAACAUGAUAAUAAACAGAAGAAGAAGAAAAAGAAAUAGCGUAAUUAAGUAUCAAUAUUUAACAGAUUAAUUUACGAAAA